AUGACCUCGCUUGGUAUUGUGGAACAAGUGGUCAACAUGAAAUACUCGUUAUUUCACGUGAUGGCAAAUCGUGACCACAUCUCGACUCUCUUCCGAUCUUCGAAAACCCUCACUAGCAAGACUGGCACUAUCUUUGCCUUGACUCGUAUCCUUAACACCCCCAAAGAUGUAAUACCAUUCUAUGCUGCUGAUGAUUCUGGGAUGGCAACAAAGCCUCGGAAAGAGAGUAAGAUAAGACACGAGGAUCGUAUCCAUUAUUGGCAAGCACAUACGAGCCAGAAAUGGUUAUCAGGCGCCUCUCUCCAGCUGAUGUCCGAGACCUAUCUCUCUUUCCUGGACGAAGAGCUUUCACACCUCAACAUUAACGAGGAAUGGGUUGAAAUACCGGAUUUAUACCGAUUUCUGCAGAUUCAUGUGUCCACAGCUGCGAUCAAAGCGAUGAUGGGAACUAAGAUCUUGGAGAUGUACCCGAACUUAGUCAAGGACUUUUGGGCUUUCGAUCGCAACGUUGGCAAUUAUAGUCGCCUAAUUCCGCGUUGGUGGAUGCCUGCAGCCUACAGCGUUCGAGAUCGUCUCUUGAAAAAUAUCGGCAAGUGGACGGACUAUGCUCACAGCAUGUCUGACUGUUCGAGGACUGGACCCGACGACACGCACUGGGAUCCGUACUUUGGGACAAAAUUGAUGAAAGCUAGGGAGCAUGCAUACUUAAAAAUGCCUGCCAUGAACUUGGAUGCACGGGCAUCGGAGACUUUGGGACUUCUCUUCGCCUCUAACGGCAACGCUGUCCCGGCCACCUUCUGGUAUAUAACUGAAGCCUUGAAGGAUCUAACUCUUCAAGAUCGACUCAUGUCCGAAGUCAUGACUUGUCGAAAAGAGACUGGGUGCCUGGAUGUUACUGAACUUGCCACAAAACCCCUGCUACAGUCAACGUACGCGGAGGUACUGCGUCUUCGGAUCGCCAUCACGAUGAUUCGCAGCAAUGAGUAUGAGAGCACCCAUCUGGGGCCCUACAAUGUACCUAAACAAACUCCAAUGGCUAUUUUCAGCCGCUUAGCAGCUUUGAACCGGGAUGCUUGGGCUAUCAGACCGAGGACUCUUGCUCGACCUCUGGAGGAAUUCUGGCCGGAGCGAUUUCUGGUAGGCUCUGAGGAAGAUCGGGGUGGAUCUGACGUGAAGGUCUCACAAGAACCCUCGAUUCCGACCAUUGAAGUCCCUAAGUUCAGCCUUGAUGGCUUGGCAGGAUGCUGGAUUCCCUUCGGGGGAGGUCAACGUAUGUGCCCUGGCCGGCAUUUUGCCAAGCACGAGAUAUUGGGCACGUUUUCUGUGUUGAUGAGCAAGUAUCACGUUGAAGCAGUCUCUAUGGUCGAGGCAGUAGAUUUACAACCUGAUCUAAGCUGGGCCCCAUACGGUGGAUUGCCCCCGGCAGGACAGCUGCGUGUUCGCAUGCGCAAGAGGACUUCGACUGAUUGAGCUUGACUCUGAGUAUCCGGG